CAAACAGUUGUUGGACUUCAACAAGCUAGCGGAGGACAGCCGUAGACAAAACAGGUUCAGCUGACUUCUGCCGGGAAAAGAGACGUCUACGGGACCCGAGCGUGUGGACUAUUUUAUGUGUAAUAUUACAAAGAACCCGGAUAGCACCGACACGUGUUGUUCCCUAGCUGGUUGCUCCGAGUGUGACGCCUGUUUUUUUUUUUUUUUUUUUUUUUUUUUUUCCCUUGGUCGAUGGUUGUGAUGCGAGCCGAGUUGCAGCACGACAGAGGGUGAGACGGGAGCCACGGUCGGGAUAUUUAUUUUUUUUUCUCGACGCGGAAGAAUGGACUUUGUCGCGGGGAAGCAGACGGAUAAAGAAGCGGGCGUGCGACCGCACACGGGCCUGGACGUCAUGGUUGGAGAACAACUUUAGCAAAGCUAGCAGCCGCGAGCUCGCUUUAAUUCAUGCAGAUGAGUCGGUUUGGUGUUAAGCUCACUUCGCUAGCGUAAUGGAGGCGCCCUGAGUGACUUGUUCGUUUCAAUUGAUUGUCCUGCUCCUCCUAAAUAAUGUGCUGACGACCAGAGAGCCUUUUUUUUGGUCGGGUCCCAUUUGGAGCAAAUCGGUUUUAAUUACCAAGUGAUGGUUACCUGCCCCUGUGGUGGUUGAACUAUGUUGGCUAGUUUGAUACAUGAAGCCUAUUUCUAGUGUUGACAUUUAUGUGGGAUUGAAGUUGGUGGUGCACCAAAGUCACUUGUAAUUUGGGGACCAUAAUUCAUACUCCAUACCACAGACGAAUACGCAUUUAGGGCUAAUUUUCUCAUUCCACUUGAAUCUAAUUUUGUAAUUUAAGGACCAGGACAGGCCAAGAGCGGGUACAGACAGUCUUAUCAAUGUAAGUUGGUUUCCUAGUCACUGUUUAACCCAAUAUUCCAGCUGUGUGGCACAAUUACAGGCUAGAGUGUCACUGGAAAUGAAAACAUGAAUAUCGAAGAGCAGUGUCUAGAUUUGUGCAAUGUCAAGACGAAAAGCAACGUGGACGAUGACCGCAACACUACCAACAACACAGAAGGGGUCACCCCCCGGAUCUCUGAACUGAUGACGGACAGCGACGCAGACAAACCGAACACCGUCUCCACAGAGGGCCCCGAGACCUACCUGAUGCCUCAGCUCACUGACAACCUGCCGGUGGCCGAGGAGGACAACCACCAGGCGCAAGACACACUGGAAAUAGACGAGGUCAACGGAAAUGGAAAGGGCAGCAUCCAGGACGCCCCCGCCACACUGAACCCCACCGACUUGAUCUUUUCUAACGAUGAGCAGCACAAGGACGAUGUUGUGGAGGGGAAAAUGAAGGACGAUAAGGACGGCGGGCCUGCAAAGCUCGCCGCGGAGGAAGGGGACGAUGGCGGGGACAUGGACAUCGGGGUGGAUCUGAGUCUCGAUGAGACCGGGGUGCUGGAGGCUGACUCCGCAAAUGGUAAAACGUUCUCAGAGAGUACUUUGGAGUCGAAGCCCCCUCCUCAGGAGGUCCCGGCUGGCAGCACGGCAGAAAGCCAGUCCGGUGAAAACCAGCCCAUCAGCACAGAGGCUCCUUCUUCAGAUCAAGCUGGACUCUAUCCCUCGGUGCAGGAGGGGGACGAUAAACACAAACCAAGCGGCAAAAGGGUGACAUUUCCCUCAGAUGAGGAUAUUGUCUCCGGAGCGGUGGAGCCCAAGGACCCCUGGAGGCAUGCUCAGAAUGUGACAGUGGAGGAGAUCCUCUCGUCCUAUAAACAGGCCUGUCAGAAACUCAACUGUAAACCUAUAUCCAAAGUGCUCAAACAGAUACAGGAACUGAAAGACCUGACGCAGCGAAAUGACUGCUUAGAUCUAAAAGGUGAGAAGCUGGACUACAAGUCAUGUGAGUCCCUGGAAGAGAUUUUGAAGAGGGUCCAGUUUAAAGUGAUAGACCUGGAGCAGACCAACCUGGACGAAGAUGGUGCAUCAGCGCUCUUCGACAUGAUAGAGUACUAUGAGUCAGCCACACAUCUCAAUAUCUCCUUCAACAAACACAUCGGCACUCGGGGAUGGCAGGCCGCGGCUCACAUGAUGAGAAAGACGAGCUCCCUGCAGUACCUGGAGGCCCGUAACACUCCUCUGCUGGACCACUCGGCUCCCUUCGUAGCACGAGCGCUCAGGAUCAGCGGCAGCCUGGCAGUCCUCCACCUGGAGAACGCAGGCCUGACUGGCAGGCCGCUCAUGUUGCUGGCCACGGCUCUGAAGAUGAACAUGAACCUGCGGGAGCUGUACCUGGCAGACAACAAGCUCAACGGCCUGCAGGACUCGGCUCAACUUGGCAACUUGCUCAAGUUCAACUACAACAUUCAGAUCCUGGAUCUGCGCAACAAUCACAUCCUAGACUCUGGUCUGGCCUAUGUGUGCGAAGGACUAAAAGAGCAGAGAAAAGGCCUCGUCACUUUGGUGCUAUGGAACAACCAGCUCACACACAAUGGCAUGGGCUACCUUGCUGCUGCACUGCCAUGCACCCAGAGUCUGGAGACUCUAAACCUCGGCCAUAAUUCAGUAGGUAACGAAGGAGUCCAUAAGCUGAAAGACGGACUUAUUGCCAACCGCUCUGUGCUCCGGCUGGGCCUCGCUUCCACCAAGCUGUCCUGCGAAGGAGCUGUCGCUGUGGCUGAAUUUAUUGCUGAGAGCCCCCGUCUGCUGCGUCUGGACCUCCGAGAGAACGAGAUUAAAACAGGUGGUCUGAUGGCGCUGUCGCUUGCCCUGAAGGUUAACACGUCUCUUCUGCGCCUCGACCUUGACCGGGAGCCCAAGAAAGAAACUGUGAAGAGCUUCAUUGAGACACAGCGAGCCCUGCUGACUGAGAUCCAAAAUGGCUGCAAGAGAAACUUCAUCCUAGCCAAGGAAAAAGAAGAAACUGAGCAGAAGAUGAGGCUCUCCGCCUCCAUGGCUGAAAUCGCCACCGAGGACGGGACCAGGGAAGAGGAAGAGGAGGAAGAACCGGCGUCGGAGGAGAAGGCAGGAAAAGAGGGAGAGGAAGAGGGUGGAACAACAGGAAAUGAAGCACAGGCGGACAGCCAGUCAGGAGCAAGCACCGAGGCGAAUGUUUCUCAAACAAACCUGGAGUCUGACUCAGACACUGAGGACGAGGAGGAAGAAGUGGUGGUAAAAAAGCCUUCCUCUGCUUCAAAGUCCUCCACUCUACCUAACCAGACUGCUCCUCAAACCCAUGCAGGGGUUACACAGUCCCCCGUCAGUGCCUCACGUACGCUCUCACCCCCGUCUGCCUCACCUGCUGGAGUGCCAAGUGUAAUCUCCGGCAUCACAGUGACAGAGUCCACAGCUCCACCCGGCACCCCUCCAUCCCCUGGACGCUGUAUAUCUGUCUCGAGCCCAGGUAGGGGUCAUAAGAUUUUCAUGGUAACCCGGGUGGAGAGCCCUCCCGAGCAGCCGCUGCUAAAGCUGACUCCCAGCCAGACUAACAAGGCCUCAGAUAAGCCUGUAGACAUAAAUACCGCCACGACACAGCAGACACAGCCCCCACAGCCCCCUCCCACAUCUCAAACAACUACCCAAACACAACAGGAGGAUGUCAAGAAGAGCUCGGCCGCUCCAUCAACAGACUGUAAAGUGACAGAGCAGAGUCCGGUUACACGCUUAGAGUCCAUAGUAAGUACAACACAAACCCACAGCCUAGAGUCACAGUCCACAACUCAACAUACAGACAAUGUGACAACCACAACAUUAGUCCCAGAGGUGGCAGAUCCAGGUCUGCAAGCACCAGCCCUGCCUUCAGAUUCCUCAUCAGUGAAGGCGGUAGCAGUUCAGAUUGUUGAAGGGGUAACACAGAGCAGUAAAAACCCCCAACCUCAGCUUACCAAUGUAGGAGGAAACCAAGAAGGCCAUGUAGAAGAAAGUAAGCAUUCAGAUGAACUGAAUCAACCCCAGAAGAGUUUACCUGAACAGCAGCUGCAAGCAACAUCUGCAUUUCACCGGCUAGAGAAUGACCUCGCAUCCGCGUCCGAGGACGUCCAUUCGCCAGACCAAACAGGAGAGGCACUUCCACAACAGGACGAGCAAGAGACAUCUGUCAGCUCGUCAGAAAAUAAACAGCCUAGCUCAACAGAGAAAGAGGAGCCUUGCCAGGAGCGACCAAGUCCAAUGCAGCAAACGGAGGCAGAUGAACAGGAAGUGGAGUCCAUGCUCCGUGUGCAGACUGAUCAGCAACCGCCAUCUGUCCCUGAGGGUCAAGCACUGGAGUCAAAUCCUCCAGCAGAAGGGGCUUCACAGAGUCCUGACCCAGCCUCGACUGGGCCCGAGGCUGAAAUUAAUCCAGAUUCACCAUUUGAGGAAGAGGAGGAGUACGAGUCGGCUGAUGAGAGCUCCGCAGACGAGGCAGAAGUGGUCAGUUCAUCUCUGCCCAACGGCUUGAAGCCCGAGUUCUCCCUCCAUCUUCUCGACACUGAAAGUCCCAAGCCUGGCAGCUGUGUGAUGGAGCACGUGAGCGUCAGCUGUGGACAGGACCUAGAGGAGCUGCUGCUAGAAGCCAGUUUGGAGACAGGGAGAGACGCACCAUGAGGAGGGACUGAGAGGACAGGUGAACACAGCACUCGGACAAUUUGUCAGGCUCUACUUCAUGACCGGUUGCUCUACAACGUUUUUGUCUCUUUGACUUCACUCGACUUUUCCACAAAGGACAUAAAACCCAACGCUACAGUCGAAGCUCGGCAUGUGCAAAUCCAAGUUAUGGAGAGGACACCGAACCUGCUGAGCUCGGCUGCGACCAAUAAAGAAACCUCUGCAUCCACACUACAUCUACCAUUGAAACACACGCACAUAUACGCACUGAAUAUGCGAAAGAGGAGGAAUAAAAUCACCCUGUUGUCACUACAUUUUGUCAGUCUUUACACACAAAAUAAGUGUGAGAGAGAAGAGAGAUGGAGAACAAACACUAACCAAAGACAGAACACACACCUUUCUCACAGCCUCUCUUUACGUACAUGUCCACUGUAGUUUGGGAAGUAACUAGCAAUUGAAGUUGUUUUUUCUUUUGAUGAUGAUGAUGAUGAUGAUGAUGAAGUGGGGUUCACUCAGAAGACCAAAUAAGGUUAGUGGACCCUGCUGAGAAGACCUGCUGGCUUUAAAUACUUGAGGUCUCUGUUAAAGGCUUUUAUAUCAAAGGAAGCUGAAGAUGUUAAUGUGUCUGUUUAAACACUUUGUGUCUGUGUCCCCCAAACCCGACCACCUCCAUCUUUUCCUCCCUGGAUUUAAAAAAAAAAAAAAAGAAAGAAAGAAGAAGAAGAAAAUGGACCUCUGCCAAAGUGACCUCCCUCUUGUUUGUUUUUCUCGUCCUCUGCUCACUUUGGCCCCUCAGGAAUCAGCGUCCCCACCUCAGAUCUGAUGUGGAGGAGCUGCGACUGUCUCCCGCUUACCGCCGCUACAAUAAAACUGCUUUUUGAAAGUUGGUGAUUUGCUCCCCGCUGAAACAAACAAACAAACAAACAAACAAAAAAAACAAACUGAAUUUCUGCAAAUGUCAGAAAGUAAAACCCGAGUUAUUUACAGUAGUUAUUUUCUGUUGGUUCUCUUCAGGUUCAUCUGUGAUUUCUUCAACCAGUUGUUGUUGUCGUUGCGUGAAACUCUUCUAAGAAAAGCAGCCUGGUCUCUGUCCCUCAGUCUUCCACCGGUACUUGUGCCAUCUCACCUUUCUGCUCCUCGUCCAUGUUGCCUUCAAUCUCUCAGCUUCACAUUCAGUCUUUUGGCUUUUUUUUUUUUUUUUUUUUUUUUUUUUCAUUUGGCUGCUUUGAGAAUCAGUUAUUUUGUAUUUAUUUUAUAGCUAUAUGAAGCCUUUUCUGAUUUCCCCUUUUCUUCUUCACAUCCUGCUCAUUUUAUCUUUUUUGUUUAGGGUUUGCUUUGAAAGAGGACGCCCCAUUUUUUGAUGUACAUUUCAUAUUCAGACUAGAGCAAAUAUUUAGGGUUUUUUUUUUUUUUCCUGGUGGGCGGGGGGUAAUCUAUACUGGGAGGAAAGGUAAAUAUGAUUGAAUGGUUGAGUUUUGACUGCAGUCGGGGUGCAGUAAUGAAAGCAAACUUAAGAGUCCUCAUCAAACUCUGCUGUUUUAAAGCUACUCUGCUGGGUGAAGCUGUGGCCACAAGGGGGCGCUGAUGUUUUUUUUUUCUUUCUUGAAGAAGUAAAGAAGACCAGUGUGAACAGUGUCACAUGUUGAUGUCUGUUUAAAUAAGACUCCUGUCCUCGAAUUUCCAGAGCCAGGCAGUACAGUAAUGUGAACUUCAUGUCUGUCUGUGUAAAGAGCUUUUUUUUUUCUUCCUUGAAGCAGAUCAGACACGUGUGUUUUCUUCUGAGACGGGCAGCGUUCAACCCUCAUGCUCUUCUCCACCCAACAGAUAGUUUGCCCCCCCACUGUUUGUAAUGCUUUAAUUUUUAGAAAUUUUUAAUAAUAAUUUGUUAACUUAAUUGAAAUGUGCUGGUAAUCACAAAGAUAUGUAUGGCGAAAUUUGUUCCUCUCAAAUAAAUGCAUGUAAUGACUAA